GAACAUUAUUUAAAAUCCUGACGUCACAUUAUGCGCCGGUAGUGAGCAACGCGGGAGAUUGAAAAACCUAAACAACGGUCACCGUGCUGAGGAUAACUAGCUAAUGUUAAUAACUACAAGUUUGGCAAUAUGUUGAAAAAGGUGCCCAAGGCUACAUUAAAGUCUCUAAUGAGGAAGAAAGCCAACAUUCGUAUAGGCACAGCGGCAGAUGUAAUGGUUGAGCUGAACGUGCUGCUAUUUCUGCAUAGCCUCGCAGAAGAGGCGAGGACGAAAGCUUUUGAGGAGAAAUCGGCUACUAUCAAAGCACACCACGUCAAAGCAGUAUCCAAGAAACUGCUGAAACGAGCCCGAGGGUGAAGAGGAGAGGCCGUUCUACAUGAACAUGAUUCAACAACUGAUUUUAUUAAUUGUCAGAUUGGCCUGAAUUAUAUAUUGAACCUAUAUUUUUAAUCUUUUCUGUGGUCUCUAGUUCUUGUCUGUAUUCAUUUGAUCUGUUUUGUCUGUCAUUUUGUAUUUCCACAAUGCACAGAGAUUUUUAGAACAUUUUUAUAUGCUGUCCAAUUAAAUGUUGUGUUCUGUAGAUCUAUCUCUGGUGUAGGCCUUGUUGUCCCUGUCAUGUUCCAUCAAGCUGACUAGAAUGUUUUUUUUCUGUUAUAC